AUGCAGUUAUUUGAAAUCUACAAUGAAAAGAUCAAUGACCUCCUGGAUAAGAGCAAUCAGGGUUUAACUAUAAGAGAAGAUAUCAAAGGAAAUGUGCUGCUUGAUGCAAGGGAAGCUGUCGUAGACAAUGUUGAUAAAGUUAUGGAGAACAUGAUGCAGGGCAAUAAGAUCAGACGAGUUGCAGCUACUCGCAUGAAUGAGAGGUCAUCUCGAUCACACACGAUUUUCCGGAUUAUUCUGGAGUCGAAAGAUGCCAAUCAGAAAGAUGGACCUGUACAUAUAAGCUACCUUAACUUAAUGGACUUAGCUGGUUCUGAGAGAGUUUCUCUGACGAAAGCUGCUGGUGAGCGUCUUAAAGAGGGGGCUAACAUAAACAAAUCUUUGUCAGUAUUAGGAAAUCAUGUGGCAGACCAGGUUGAUAAGAGGUACUUGAUUAGAUGCAGUUAUAUUGAAAUCUACAAUGAAAAGAUCAAUGACCUCCUGGAUAAGAGCAAUCAGGGUUUAACUAUAAGAGAAGAUAUCAAAGGAAAUGUGCUGCUUGAUGCAAGAGAACCUGUCGUAGACAAUGUUGAUAAAGUUAUGGAGAACAUGAUGCAGGGCAAUAAGAUCAGACGAGUUGCAGCUACUCGCAUGAAUGAGAGGUCAUCUCGAUCACACACGAUUUUCCGGAUUAUUCUGGAGUCGAAAGAUGCCAAUCAGAAAGAUGGACCUGUACAUAUAAGCUACCUUAACUUAAUGGACUUAGCUGGUUCUGAGAGAGUUUCUCUGACGAAAGCUGCUGGUGAGCGUCUUAAAGAGGGGGCUAACAUAAACAAAUCUUUGUCAGUAUUAGGAAAUGUGAUAAGGCAACUAAGCGAGGGGAAGGAGUUUAUCAGUUAUCGCGAUUCGAAAUUGACUAGACUGCUCUCACAGGCUCUUGGCGAUGUAUAUGGAUCUGUAGUAAAACCUUUAGUCGAUUCCUUCAUGGAAGGUUUCAAUGCACAAUAUUUGCAUAUGGCCAAACAUCUUCUGGCAAACACACACCAUUUGGGCAAUAAAACAGAUCCUGGGCUUUUCCAAUUAGUAUCCAAUCAGUUAUUCCAGCAUGUGGCAGACCAGGUUGAUAAGAGGUACUUGAUUAGAUUCAGUUAUAUUGAAAUCUACAAUGAAAAGAUCAAUGACCUCCUGGAUAAGAGCAAUCAGGGUUUAACUAUAAGGGAAGAUAUCAAAGGAAAUGUGCUGUUGAUGCAAGGGAAGCUGUCGUAG